UUUAAAGCUUUUCUUUAUUGUUUUAUUUGCUCACUUUUAUCAAACAUUAAACAAAAAAUGACACAAACAAACAUUUCUCUUCGUAUUCCAAACGCCAUGUUUAAAUCUUGUUGUCACUUUCCUUGUGUAACCGCUCUGAUUGACGUGAACAUGAACCAAUAGGAAAUGAGGUUAAGUUCUCGCAGGGCACAGCUGUCCAAUCAACGUCCAGAUCCCGCCCCUCCCUGCCAGUGUGGAGUGUGUUGUCGGGGUGGUUUUAUGCGGAGUGUAAGAGCGCUGCUCGGUCACUUUAUGUCAUAUAUUUCCUCUUUGGUCGAAGAAUAACGCUCACCAAAGACUAUGAACACUUUACUCAGAUCCACUGUGAGAUGUCUGCGGUCCGGACCGGCGAUCCUUCUGCCGAGACAAGCCGACGGGCAGGUUUGGUCGAGCUCGGCCCGGUUCUUCUGCGCGUCUGCGGACGUCCAGAAACACCUUGGGGAGAUGGUGAAGAAGGACAAAGUGGUGGUGUUUAUGAAGGGGACACCGGCUCAGCCCAUGUGUGGCUUCAGUAACGCGGUAGUUCAGAUCCUCCGGAUGCACGGGGUGGACGAGUAUGCUGCGUACAACGUGCUGGAGGACCAGGACCUCAGACAAGGUGAGUCCACAAAGUCCUCCUGACCUGCCGGUUUAAGUUUAAUCCGAAUCUGUUCAACAUUGGCUGUUAAUGUGUCAUUAAUCAAACAGCCUGUGACUCAUGUUUGGUCUUCUUUCUGGCUGUCUUUGCGAUGAAAACGACUUUUUUUGUAACCAUGUGUCAUAUCAGAGUUUAUCCAACGGCUGCAGAGACCUCCAAGAACAUGUUUUAUCUUUACUCUGCAGAAGAACCAAAGGGUGUGGUACUUUAACUCGACCAUGAUUCCAUCAGUGUGACCAUGUCCGUGUUUAACAGCUUUCUCUGGGUCUUUUUUGUGUGGUAAAUAAUGGCAGCAAACAAGGAAAGAAAACGAGGAAGUUGUCCCAAAAAACGUCACUAAUGUGAUUUAACCAGAGUUUUACAGUUGACGCAACAGUUGUGUAAUGCUUAGUCAUUGUUAGACAGCAUGUUUGAAGGGGCAGUUUAAUUCACCCUCGAUUCGGGCUGGGCGAUAAAACGAUAACGAUAAAUAUCGAGAAUUUAUUAAGCAGGAAUAAACCGUAACACUUAAGUUUCCCAAAAUGCACCACUGAAGAGAUUGUUGCCGACCGCUUGCUACUCUAGGUAUACCAACUUUAGUAACGACCGCAUAAUAGCAAUACACAGCGGUCUUAGGAGCCAUAAACAAAUGUCAACCAAAACGCCACUCUAUAGUCACAAAUAAUGCUCAGAACACCACCAAUUUGCCUUGCCUAAUUAGCUUUGCCUAAUUUCUUUAACAAAGAGACUAAACUCAACUCACCUAUUCUCUUCCAGCAGCUGCUUAUUUGUAGCGAGACCUCGGGCCAAUCCAUUACGGACUGCAGCGGGGUGAUGCAGCUCAAGGAAGAACAUUUAUGAUCAUUUCUUUAUCAUUUCAGUAUCAGUAAGGGAGCCUUUAAAACGAGGCUGGAUAUAGGUGGAUUUUUAAAAAGUCAUAUUUUCAUUUAGUAAAAAAGAAAUUAACAGCCGUCAUCAUUUCUCUUUGCCUAGUAUUGACUAACUUAUGUGCUUGAACAUAAAACUAGGAGGAGUUUGCAUGGCCUUAAAGUAUUUCUAGCCCCUUAUCUGCCGUUGUAACAGUUCUCACAAAUCUGAUCAGCAGUAAACUCUGAUCUAACUGACGAGGAUUAUAAUGUUCGCUGAAAAUCUCUCGCUGUUGCUGCUUGUUUACACUCCCCUCUUGAUCCUCACACCCUGACACCUGAUACAGCGGUGUUUCGGUUUAUUUCUGACGCUGACAUAAAUGCCGUCUGCCUUCCACAGGAGUCAAGGACUUCUCCAACUGGCCCACAAUCCCUCAGGUGUACUUCAACGGUGAGUUCGUGGGAGGCUGCGACAUCCUGCUGCAGAUGCACCAGAACGGCGAUCUGGUGGAGGAGCUGAAGAAGCUGGGCAUCAGCUCUGCACUUCUGAGCGCCGAGAAAGAAUCCAAGUAGAAGAAGAAGAAGAGGAUCGGUUUUUACUCACUGACAAGACAGAGGACACAUUUAUCAGGUUAAAUCACAGAUAAAUCAACUGACUUACCCCUCAGGCAAAUUUGGGCGCAAGAGUGCAGAUGAUAAAGACCAGGGGCAGCUUCAUAUCUAGACAUCCACCGUUAUCAUCAGAUCGGAGUGCUGUAUUGUACUUAUCUAAGCCAUCAAGGUUUCUACCCAAGAGCCGAUUAGGCAUUUUACUGACGUGCUCAACAUUAUUCUGUCCAUUAGGGGGCAGCAGAUACAGAUUUAAACAUGGAAAUGUCUUACUACUAUUCAACUCUUCCACCCAUAAAGAAUUAGAGUGUUGCUGUCUUCCAUUUGGUGCUUUACAGGGAGUCAACACUUGGUUUAUGACCCCUGUUUUACUUCCCUUUAGAGCCAGAACAGUUAAGUUGUGGAGCAGAAAACCAAAAUGUCUUAUCUCUGCCACUUUCCUCCAAUAUUUUGCAGGUAUUAAGACGAUUUCAACGUCGAACUCUUACCUUAAAACCAGUUUCUAAACACUGACGUUUAUAAAAAUCUAUCCUAGCAGACCCAUUUUACAGAAGCAGCGCCAAUGAGAAUUCUUACGUAGCACCACAUGAGAUUUCUGCUGCAGAACUUAUUUACGCCCAUGUUGAACCACCACUGCCAGAGGGAGACGGUAGAGCUCCCUCACAGGAGUUCUCGCCGCCUCCAUCACCUUCCUCUCUGAGAAGUCCUGCAUCACCUGUCCACCUCAUAAUCUACCUGAGGAACAAAUGAGCCUCAAGGUGACAUUAAAGAAAAUCCUGCUGACUGUAUUUCACACCAGCAGCAGCACCAGUGUCUUCUUGUUCGUUCUUCCACACCCAUAAUGUGUCCUCAUGUUUUUAACGUGUACACCCGCUGAAACGCAACAACCACACCUUUAUACCUGUCUCUUUCUCUUGACUGAUUCGCAGCAUAAUUGGACGAACAGAAGCGUAUUUAUUUGAAACUGUCGUGUCGGUCCAAGUCUGUGGUAUUUGUUGAUUCGUCACUAAAUGAAAAGACGAGGUGGGGAGUGUUUUUGUUUUGUUUUUUUCUUUGUAUUUGAGUUUCCUCAUUGAGCCUUAGAAAACCGUAUCAGUCCUGGAUGUUUCUCCUGCUGCACAGUUGUAUUAUCAAAGCAAUGGUCAUGUAGUACACUGUAAAAUAUUGUACAUUGAAAGCAUAUUAUUAAAUGUAUUUUAGCUGCUUGUAAACCCCGCACCAAUUAAAUAUUUUGUGACACAACUAAGGAGCGCAGUGGAUUUAUUUCUCUGACCAUCAACGGGACAAUGUAGCUUCAGUGGUCAAAAUUUUUUUUAAUACAAAAUACUAUUUUACAAAACAUCACUUAGCUACUGUGAAUUGUUUGUGAAUAGUCUAUAUGAUGUGUUUCACGUCCUCCGCCUUCAUCAUUGUCAUCUUUGACUCCCAGCUCACUCUUCGAAAACUCACACAGAUGAAGCGUUCGGCAGAUUCAGGUCAGAGUUUUUGCAGGAAGCGGAGCACCAGGUCUCGCAGCGUGGUGCGCAGAGGCUCGUUGUUGUCGCAGACGAUGUGCGUGCCGUCCUCCUCCAGCUGAAUCAGCGUGUCCUCCUCCUGUAAGUGGAGGAUGUGUCCGUCUGCCGUCUCCUCCACUUUGAUUUCUGUGAUGCCAUGCUGCAGGGAGAAGGAGAUGAUUUAGAGAUCUGUUGUUUCUGUAAAUACGACAGUGCCAAAGGUCUGUGAUCAUUUAAUAUUUGUGGGAUUCUUAUUUUCCCAGCUGUCGGCUCAAUCGGUUUUGUCUCUUCUAAUUUUCUAAAUCUUCUCGUCUUUGCUGCAAAAUCUACUAAUCCAAUCAAUAUUAUGCCUGAGAGGCUGAGAUGAUUGGUUCGGUUAUGAAAGCCGGCCUUGAGCUGACCUGAUAUUUGCCGAAAUUAUACCUUUUGCAACGUGGCGAGGAAGGAUUCCAGCGGGACAGCUCCGCUCAGCAGGGGUUUGGGGGCAAGCAUCACUGGAGGCUCCUCUAUGACCCGCUUCCUCUUCUUGCUGGGCGCCACAGGAGGAGGUUUGGGCACCGACUGGCGACAGAAACGAGGGAAAACUUUGGCGAGUUAAAGGGAUACUCCGGUGUAAAAUUAAUUUAGGGUCAAAUUAGGAUGAAUGUUGCCGACCGCUUGCUUCUCUAGUUAUACCAACUUUAGUAACGACUGCAGGAUAGCAACACAGAGAGCCACGCGCUCAA